AUGUAUCUCCCGAAUAUGCUCCUCACACUCCUCCUCCAAGCCUCAAGCCUGACCCUGACCCUCGCCUCCCCGGUCCUCAGCCCGCGGGCCUCGGGGCCCGCCUGCACGUAUCUAGACAGCAUCGCGACGGCGCCGAGCUGCCCGGGCGGGUGCUGCGGGUGGAAGCUGACACCAACAUCAUCGCCGUUCUGCGAGGCGAGCGCAGGCACGAGCACGGUGGCGCUGGCGGGCUCGUCGGCGACCGCGGGCUGGCUGGACGCGUGCGCGGCGCUGCGCCGGAGCGUCAGCGACGGCCGUGCCAACUACAUCCUCACGACGUUCCAGCAGGGCAUGUUCCACGCCGUGGCGGACGGCGGCGGCUGCCGCUUCGAGGUCAGCGUCAACCAGCCCGAGGACGGCAACGACCCCUUCCGCAUCGCGUCCAGCGACGUCGCAGCGUUCCUCGACGCCGGCCUCGCCGUCGUGGCGGGCGCGGGACAGAAGGGCGCGGUGGGCUCGACGAGUUGUUAUGGGUAUGAUUUGACGUGGCGGAUGGUACCGCCUGGUAACUAG